AUGGCAGGCCUAUUCAAACGUCUUUACGACUGGCUCCUUAGCCUAUUCUGGGCGACCGAGAUGGAUGUUACAAUGAUCGGCCUCCAAAAUGCCGGCAAGACAUCUCUCUUGAGGGUCCUAGCAGGCGGAGAGUUUACAAUCGACUCAAUACCUACGGUUGGCUUCAACAUGAAGAAAGUCACCAAGGGCCAUGUGACUUUGAAGUGCUGGGAUCUAGGGGGUCAGCCGAGGUUUCGAUCGAUGUGGGAGCGCUAUUGUCGAGGCGUGAACGCUAUGGUAUUCAUCGUCGACUCAGCCGACAAGGAAGCCUUGCCCGUGGCACGAGAGGAGCUCCAUGUGUUACUAGAAAAGCCCGCCCUGGAAGGCAUUCCGUUGCUGGUCUUGGGCAACAAGUCUGAUCUUCCUGAUCACCUCUCGGUCGACGAGCUUAUUGAGGAACUGAACCUUAAGGCCGUAACGCACCGCGAGGUGAGUUGCUAUGGUAUUAGCGCAAAGGAGGAAACCAACUUGGAUGCUGUGCUGCAAUGGCUGAUUGCUCGGGCGGGCAAAUGA